AUGAAUGUUGAAAUUGAUCGACAAUUUCGUCGAGUUGAAGAGGAAAAUUUAGCUUUACAAAGACAAAUUGAAAAUUUACAGGCUAUUCUUAAUGAAUCAGAACAUCAACAUGCACAACGUUUAAUUGAUUUUAAUACACGUAAUCAACGUGAAACCGAAGUUGAAACUGCACGUAUUCGAUCAUCACAAACAGUCUCUGAACGUGCUUUAGAAGCACGAGAAAAGAACAUCAUGCUCAUAACAAUACUUAAAGAACAACUUCAUCAAGAAAUGCGUGGAUGUAAACCAUUUCUUCAUCGUUCAUUAACAAAUGAGAAUGAAACAAAUGCUCUCCGCCAUGAAAUAACUGAUUUAAUGUCAGUUGUUUCUCAUGAUCCAUAUAGUCUUGAUCCUGCAUUGUAA